AUGGCCCCUCGAUCUCUCUUGGCGGGUGCACUGCUCAGCGCCUUGUAUCUGGCCAGUCCCGGAGAGGCUGCAGUCGCCGCUCAGCAGGUCUCAUCGGUCUCAGGUGCUGGUGCGCCUCUGUUCAAGAGCGAGACCGUGCAAUUGACCGAGCAGGCGCUGUCCAGCUCGGGUCUGAGCCAGAACCAGUCUGCCCUGUUCACCUUCGGCAAUGGCACGACGCUGUCCACUCGGUCCCGGUCCGAGUGCAAGGUCUUCCCGGGAGACGCCCUGUGGCCCGCGAAGUGGGUGUGGUCUCUUUUCGAUGAGCUGCUCGGUGGUGCCUUGAUCAAGACGGUGCCCUUGGCCGCACCGUGCUAUUCAUCGUGGCCCGAGUACGACAGUGAUAAGUGCGAUACCAUCACGGACGAUUGGACCAACUCUAAUCUCCAUGCGGCUGAUCCCGCCUCUGUGAUGUGGCCCUUGUACGAGGGUCGGACGUGUCUGCCCACCACCAAUGCCUCUGCAACAUGCACGGUGGGCGGUUACAGCAGCUAUGCGGUCAACGUCACCAAUGUUGCGCAGAUCCAAUUGGCCGUCAACUUUGCUCGCAAUGCUGGCCUGCGUCUGGUGGUCAAGAACACCGGUCAUGACUUCAGCGGCAAAUCCACCGGUGCCGGUGCUCUGGGUAUCUGGACUCACCACCUCAAGCAGAUCGACUAUAUCAAGAACUAUCGUAGCUCCAGCUACCAGGGCCCCGCUGUCAAGAUGGGUGCCGGUGUGCAAGCCUUUGAGAUCUAUGAGAAGGCGAACGAGCUCGGCUUCACCGUUGUGGGUGGUGAAGGCAAGACCGUUGGUGUUGCCGGUGGUUACGUCCUUGGUGGCGGCCACUCUCCGUUAUCCAGCGUGUACGGCCUCGCUGCCGACCAGGUCCUUGCUUUGGAGGUUGUUCUGGCCAGCGGCCGCUUUGUCACGGUGACUGAGGAGAGCGAUCCGGACCUGUUUUGGGCCAUCCGUGGUGGCGGUGGUGGUACCUAUGGUGUGGUCACCUCUGUCAUCUCCCGGGUUCACCCCAAGAUCGGUGUGACCGUCUCAACUUUCAACUUCGCUACUAGCACCAGCGUUUCCGCUGACACUUUCUGGGCCGGUGUCCGCGCCUAUAUGGAGCGCUUUGCCGAGUAUGCCGAUGCCGGUACCUAUGCUUACUUCUGGGUGUUGAACACUGGCACCGACUCCUUUGAGUUCCUGAUGAACCCCUUUUUCGCGGUGAACCACACUGUGGCUGAGUACAAUGCCCUCGUGCAGCCGUGGUAUGACGAUCUCGAGGCACUUGGCAUUUCUUUCACUCCCAACUCAACCUACUACGACAACUUUUAUGACGCAUGGAGCGCCGGUUUCCCUCUCGAGACCGUUGCCUCGUCGGUCAUGAUGACGGGAUCACGCCUGUUCCCGCGUGCCAACUGGGAGAGCACUGAUUCAUUUAACGCCACCUUCAAGGCCCUGCGCUCGACUGUCUCUGAAGGCUAUGCGCUCCUCGCCUUCAACAUGAAGGCCGAGCUGGUCGACGGCUACCCCGCCAGUUCCGCAAACCCCGCCUUCCGGAAGACUCUGCUUCACGCCAUCACCUCCACCAGCUGGGAUAGUGACAGCUCCGAUGCUACCAUCAAGACCAAGAUGGACUACUUUACCAACACGAUUCUCGGCGAGUGGCGUGCCACCUGCCCGGAUGCCGGUGCAUACAUGUCCGAGGCUGACAUUCUGGAGCCCGACUUCCAGCAGGCCUUCUAUGGCAGCAACUAUGCGCGCCUAUAUAAGUUGAAGCAGCGCUAUGACCCUAGCUCUCUGUUCUACGUUCCCACCGGUGUCGGCAGUGAGAACUGGACGGUGGACAGCAAGGAUGGCCUUCCUGAUCAGAAUGGCCGUCUGUGCCGUGUUUAG